UUAGAGUGGACACCAUUAAUACACGCUGUGAGGUUCGGCGCACCAGAUGAUGUGUUGGAGAAUAUGAUUGAAACGGCAACAGUUGAGUGUUUAGAACACCAGCCUCUUGGUCUCACUAUUCUCCAUUACUUGGCGGCCUACGCACGCGUGUCAGCAAUGAGACGCGUGUUGGAAAAAACCAACAAGAAGAUUAACACGCAAGACAGAUUUGGACGCACACCACUACAUUACUGUCUAGAGAAGGAGGUGCUGACGCACGAGCAACACAAGGAACUCGCAAUUAUCAAUAUCACCUUUGGCGCGUCGCUGACAAUAAAAGAUAAAGAUAGAAAGACGCCUCUUGAUGUGUAUGAUAAAAACGAAUGUACAGAAUACGACGAAACCACGAGAAGUAAAAAGAAACGAGAUUUAAAAGAAUUACUUGAAAAACUAUCAACUCCAUCAGAGAUUUUAGCCAGGGGUCCCGAUGCCGUCAAAGCAUUCAAAGAUGCACUUAAAAACGGUGAAAUAACAGUUGUUAAUUCAAGACUGAUGUUUCUUGGUCAAGAGGGCUCCGGGAAAACCUCUUGUGUUAAAGCCAUGCUGGGAGAAGAAUUUGAUAAGGAAGAGCCCUCAACCGAUGGUAUUGUUACAACUAAAACUGUUUUUCAAACUGUCGGUGAGGAUUACAGCAUAUGGGAGGAGCAGAAAGAUGUAGACGAGAUUGAACGAACUAAACAGAUACGCGAACACGCUAUCGCUACGAAUGUCGCAAAGACGUUCGAUUUCACUGCUUCUACGUCCUCAUCUGAUCGUGGAAGGAUAGCAUUUCCAUCUACGUCCGCAUCUCCUCUCGAAGGAACAUCAGCUGCAUCUGUAUCAGAAAUUGAUCCCAGAAAAAAGUCAUCUUUAUCCCCUGUGUUUAUCAGACGGUUUAAAGAAAAAACUAUAUCUGAAGACAGGGGAGAAUCUACCGGUCUGCUUCAUGAAAUGGGAGUAUCGACCGAUCAACUUAAUGAAAUGCGCAAGAAAGUCAUCGACAAACUUGCCAACAAGAGUUCUGGGCCAAGUGAUGUAACUUGCAUAUGGGACUAUGCCGGCCAACUUGAAUAUUUCAUUACUCACCGAAUUUUUAUUACAGAUGGAAAUUCUUAUGGAGUUGUUUUCAAUUUGGUAGAUGCUUUGGAUAAACUGGCAAAAAGAAGAGAUCCCAAAAAAGGACAUUUUGAGAUGACAAAUCUGCAAAUGAUCAUAUUUUGGAUAAGGCUGAUAUAUGAGUAUGCUGUACUGCUACAUGGCUCAGAGGAGAAACCUUUGAUCAAUGGAAUUAUAGGUCACCGUUGA